CAGAUUUCAUAAAUGUACUACUGUAUUGCACCCUGAAGCAGCGAAGCUUGGCCGCGAUGAUUUCUGGCGAUAUCAUCGUGGACGACCCCAUGUUGCUCCAAGGCAUCGCCAGGAGAAAGAGCCUGGAGAUCAUGGAGCACCUGGAGGGCACCUGGGAGGGUGACGGAGUUGGUGAGUAUGCUCCCCAUUUGUCCAAGUUUCCUUUCGAACACAAACUAGUCAUUGAGAAGGCGGUCCCGCACAACAGCCGAAAGUUGCAUUGGGCCUACAGGUCCAUUGCGAAACACAAAGAGACCAAAGAGGGCUUGCAUAUGGAGACUGGCUUCCUUCGCUUCUUUCCAGAAGCCAUUGACCAUGGGAAGUUGGAGAUGACAUGCACCUCCUCUAAUGGCCUGUCAGAGGUGAAUGAGGGGACCUACACGCAGGACUCUUUUGAUGUAUGGACGAGAUACAAUGGCAUCACACGGGCUCAAAAUGCCACACGGCCCUAUGUCACGGAGGUCCGGCGGAUUUGCGAGCUGCGGCCGUCGAGCGAGCCCUUGAGCAUGGAGUAUCGCGUGGAGAUGGCGACGGAACGAACUGCUAUGCAGCCGCACCUCCUCUCCCGUUUGAGGAAGGUGCCCGAGCAUUUGCAGAUUGAGAGGUAGAUCCAGCAUAUCCAGUAGGCACUGGGUAGCCGAUCCAUGACAGAGUGCUUAAGGAACUAAUUGG